AUUUCUACUUCCGGUUCACUUGACGCAACGUCCCAGUACCCUCGCCAGACUUGCAGUUCUUUCCUGUAACCGUCUUCGAACCAAACGCGUUUCUUCAAAGUAUUUUUAUUGCGUCAGUAGCCAAGUAAGAAUUUAGUGGACUAAAACGUCCCAUCUUUAAGCUUGGUGGAAGUCGUUUGGCUUGAUGCUGAAACUUCCCGGGCUUACUUAACUUAGUUUUGUUUAGCUUAGCUCGCUAGCCCAGACACGCUAACGCAUUUCAAAUGCUUUGACUUAAAAAUGGUCUUAAAGAUGCGAUAAAAUACUAUUGACCGAAGCCCAAAGAGUCGAGACGUGGAUGAUGAGGAGAGGAAAUCCAGGCCACGACAAACAACUGAAAAACGAAAGAAAAUGAAGUGUCCCACGGACGUUACUGUAGAAGAUCUUCACCCUGAGAAGCACGAUCCCCUCCACGUUAAACAGGAAGAUGAGUCCGAGAUGCCGUACAUCAAAAAGGAGGCAGAGCCUGAGACCCCCGACAUUAAAGAAGAAGAACAUCAAGUUGAAAUCCCCGAGUUUCCAAUAGUUGUCACCAUAAAGAGUGAAGUAGACGAGGGAACAAGCAAAGAGAGCGGAGCAGCGAACCCUUCGAGCGACAGCUCAUUUCAGCACCUGACAACAAAAGGAGACGGACGAUCCCAACUGGACGGCCUCUUAGCUCUGCUUUCGGACAGCGACGACAUAACGUCACACUCUUCUGACACUGAUGAGGAGGAUGUUGGCUUUGACCAAGAUGCUUCGAAAUCCUCAAACAAGUCAUCGUUGAAAAGAGACACAAAGGAAUGCGCAGUUAAAAAACCUUUUCCCUGUUCAUUUUGUGAUAAAACAUUUUCUUUGAAACAUCAGUUAACGACACACAUGCGUACACACACCGGGGAGAAGCCUUUCGCCUGCACACUUUGCGAUAGAAGGUUUUCUCAGAAGAUUACUUUAGAAGGACAUAAGUACACACACAGUGGAGAAAAGCCUUUCGCCUGCACACUUUGUGGUAAAAGAUAUUCUCUGAAGACUCAAUUAAAAAUACAUAAGCGCACACACACUGGAGAAAAGCCUUUCGCCUGCACACUUUGUGGUAAAAGAUUCAAUCAGAAGGGAGAUUUGGUAUCGCACACAAGAAGCCAUGCUGGAGAGAAGCCUUUCGUCUGCACACUUUGUGGUAAAAAAUGUUCUCGAAAGACUAAUUUAGUAAUACAUAUGCGCACACACACCGGAGAGAAACCUUUUACCUGCACAGUUUGUGAUAAAAGAUUUUCUCUGAAGGCUUAUUUAGAAAGGCAUAAGCGUACACACACUGGAGAAAAGCCUUUUGUCUGCACAUCUUGUGGUAAAAGAUUGGCUCGGAAGGCUAAUUUAGAAAUACAUAUGCGUACACACACUGGAGAGCGGCCUUUCACCUGCACAGUUUGUGAUAAAAGAUUUUCUCAGAAGGCUUAUUUAGAAAGGCAUAAGCGUACACACACUGGAGAAAAGCCUUUUGCCUGCACAUCUUGUGGUAAAGGAUGGUCUCUGAAGGCUCAUUUAGAAAUACAUAUACGUACACACACUGGAGAGAAGCCUUUUGCCUGCACACGUUGUGGUAAAAGAUUUGUCGAUAAGAGCAGUUUAAACAAACACACGCAGACACACAGGAGAGAAGCAUUUCGCCUGCACACUUUGCCAUAAAAGAUUUUCUCAGAAGUCUGAUUUAGAAAAGCGUAAGCGCACACACACUGGAGAAAAGUGUUUUGCACGUUCACUUUGUGGUAAAAGGUUCGCUCAGAAAGGAAAUUUAGUAACGCAAGCAAGAAGCCACACUGAGUAAAAACCUUUGAAUUGCAGCGUGUGACAAAAUAUUCCUGCCACACAUUUACAGUGGGAAAAGCAUUUCAAUUUCCUUAUUCAGUUUUCCUUGAGCUUCUUUUGAAAAAGUUGUUGAAAUGAUUUUUCAGCCGCUGUUCUUUUUCUAUCCUAUAUAUACUGUAUAUAUUGAAUAAAUUGCGUUACAUGUC